CAGCCGACUCUCCGGAAGUGGAGGUGGGAGAGGCCGGGCUGAGCCGGCUCGGGGUAGCCCGGCCAGUGCUGGGGCGCUUCUCCCGGGGCGGGUCAUGAACGGGCCGGCGGACGGCGACGUGGACUACAAGAAGAAAUACCGGAACCUGAAGCGGAAGCUCAAAUUCCUCAUCUACGAACACGAGUGCUUCCAGGAGGAACUGAGGAAGGCGCAGAGGAAAUUGCUGAAGGUGUCCCGGGACAAGAGUUUCCUCCUAGACCGACUUUUGCAGUACGAGAACGUGGAUGAAGACUCCUCUGACUCAGAUGCCACUGCAUCUUCAGAUAACAGCGAGACAGAGGGGACAUCCAAGUUGUCGGACACGCCAGCCCCUAAGAGGAAGAGAAGCCCUCCGCUGGGGGGUGCCCCCUCCCCCACCAGCCUCUCCCUGCCUCCUUCAACAGGGUUUCCCCUUCAGGCCUCUGGGGCCCCCUCCCCAUACCUGAGCUCGCUGGCUUCCCCCACCUACCCCCCAUUCCCUUCUGACUACCUGGCCCUGCAGCUGCCCGAGCCCAGCCCCCUGAGGCCCAAGCGGGAGAAACGGCCCCGCCUGCCCCGGAAACUCAAGAUGGCGGUAGGACCCCCCGACUGCCCCGUGGGAGGGCCGCUGACCUUCCCAGGCCGGGGUUCUGGGGCCGGCGUGGGGGCAGCCCUGACCCCACUGCCCCCACCCAAGAUGCCUCCCCCUACGAUCCUGAGCGCCGUUCCUCGGCAGAUGUUCAGCGAUGCAGGCAGCGGGGACGACGCCCUGGACGGGGAUGAUGACCUGGUGAUCGACAUCCCGGAGUGAACCCCUCUGCCUGACCCCCUGCCCAGCGCCCUCUGUGUCAGCACACAUGAGCCCCCAGCUUCCGCAGAGACGUUUAUUGACGCCCGGUUGCCAUGCUGUGGCCACUGACACAAUCAGAAAAGGCGUAAACAUGCAUGAAUGUCCCCCAGAAGGUGGGCCCUCUCCAGGGAGGGCAAGGGCCCUGCCUUCACAUCCCAGCCCAAUCCAGGGGACAGUUAUUUAAAUGAGUGGGCCAGGAGCAUCUGCCACCUCUCAGAGAGGCAGAGACCCUGCGGUGGCCCCCCACUUAAAAGGGCAGCUGUACAGGGCUCGGUGGUGGUGGUUUUUUUAAUGAAGAUUCUGCAUUAAAGGAGUGCCUCUU